AUGUUUUCAGCGGAAGCGCUCGGCCUGCCGCUGCUACCGCCGAGCAUCCCGGAGGAGGCGUCCGGGCAGUUCCCCAAUGGCGCCAACUUCGCCGUGGCAGGCGCCAUUGCGCUUCCACCGGAGUACUACAAGACCAAUUACAACUUCACGAUGAACGCGCCUUCCAACCUCGACCGGCAGCUUGCCUCCUUCAAGAAGGUCCUCGCGCGCAUUGCUCCCGGGGAUGGUGCCACGAGGGCUCUCCUGAGCGAGUCCCUGGUGCUGAUGGGCGAGAUUGGCGGGAAUGACUAUAACUUCUGGUUCAUCGACCCCAGGAACCCCCGCGAGACACCGGAGAAGUACCUACCCGACGUGGUCACCUGCAUCGGCGCCACCGUGCAGGAGGUGAUCAACCUAGGCGCCAGGACGAUUGUCGUCCCUGGCAACUUCCCUAUCGGAUGA